AAACUUUCUUUUGGUUUCAACAAAGUACAAACCUUUGGCCUUUUCAGAUGAGAUUUCAAUGUGGAUUUGCUGUUAGAUUAAUGGGUUUUUCGAGGAGAAGUUAAAUUCGGAGAAGAUUAACAGCAACCGAAGAAGGUGAGGUUUCUGUUGUUUAAAGAUGGCGGCUGCACCUUCUUCUUCAGGUCAUUUCUUUGGAAUUGGAGAAGAAAAUCAGAACCAGAUGAAAAUACUUCAUUCUUCAACCGGACCGCCGGUUGAUCCACCACCGCUGCCUCAAAAGAAAAAGAGAAACCAGCCUGGAACUCCAAGCAAGUAUCCAGAUGCGGAGGUGGUGGCACUAUCUCCCAAGACUUUAAUGGCGACAAACAGGUUCAUCUGUGAGGUGUGCAACAAAGGGUUCCAAAGGGAACAAAAUUUACAACUUCACAGAAGGGGACACAAUCUGCCAUGGAAGCUAAAGCAGAAGACAACGAAAGAAGUGAAGAAGAAGGUUUAUCUUUGCCCAGAACCGACCUGCGUUCACCACGAUCCCUCGAGGCCACUCGGCGACCUCACCGGCAUCAAAAAGCAUUACUCCAGAAAACACGGCGAGAAGAAAUGGAAGUGCGACAAGUGCUCGAAGCGGUACGCCGUGCAAUCCGAUUGGAAAGCUCAUUCAAAGACCUGUGGCACCAGAGAGUACAGAUGUGACUGUGGCACUCUCUUCUCAAGACGUGACAGCUUUAUCACUCACAGGGCAUUUUGUGAUGCAUUGGCUCAAGAAACUGCAAGGCAGCCUCCUCCUUUUAACUCCAUUGGCACUCAUUUAUAUGAAAGUAGCAGCAAUUAUAUGAGCUUAGGGUUAUCUCAAGUGGGAACUCAAAUUUCAUCUAUUCUAGACCACAAUAAUAACCAAACCGCUGAGAUUUUGAAACUUGGUGGUUCGAGGAGUUCGCAAUUGGAUCAUCUUCUUCAACCGUCGAUGGGUUCAUCAUCGUUCUCGUUUAGACCUCAAGAACAGCAACAGUCGAUGGUUACUUCACCAGGUUUCGUCAUGCAAGAAUCCAAUCAGAUUUUCAACCAAGAACAUCAUGGGUUGUUGUUGGGAAGCAACAAAUCAUUCCAAGGAUUAAUGCAGCUUCUUGAGAACAGUUGCACCACUCCAUCGGCGGCCGGUCUCUUCAACCUCAGCUUCCACUCGAACAGCGGAAGCACCAAUGGUGGUGGUGCAGAUUAUAAUUUAGCGUAUUCGGGUUUGCUGAUGUCGGAUAAUUUCAACAACGACAAUGGCGGCAACGGUGGUGGUGGCGCAACAAACAAAGGAUCGAAUAUCUUCUCCAACAACUUGAUGAGUGAUCAAAUCACUUCCAACAUCCCUUCUUUGUUUAGUUCAUCGGUUCAAAACAAUAACAUGGUGCCUCAAAUGUCGGCCACCGCAUUGCUUCCAAAAGCUGAUCAAAUGGGUUCGAGUUCCAGCAACAAAAACAACAAUAAUAACAACAACGACGAUGAAGAUUCUCUUCUAAGAAGCUUCGGAACAUCAUCUUCAACCGGAACUAAAUCCUCAAACUUGGGAAGGAUUUUCGGGGAAACUACCGCCGGCAACAAUCUACAUGAACUAAUGAACUCCAUAGCCAGUGGUAAUUCCCCCAUUUUCGGAAUCUCCGCUGGAGUCAAUACAUUUAACACUUAUGCAAACAGAAGUAGUAUGCAACAUGAAAAGCUACAGCCGCAUCAGCAAAGUUUGAAUGUUAGCGGUGGCGGGUCAGACAGAUUGACUCGGGACUUUCUCGGGGUCGGCCAAAUAGUUAGAAGCAUGAGCGGAGGAGCUAAACAACAACAAGAGGAAGAAGGAAUCGGAAACACAAAUAUUACGGCGCCGACAAGCCACCAAUCUUUCGGAGGACGUGGGAAUUUCCAGUGACGAAACAAAUCCAAAAACAAAGAAGAAAAAAAGGAGAAAAAAUAU